AUGUCUGUAUGCGGGUCAUGGCUGUUAGCAGAAUGUCAAGAACUCAGCUGUUGUGAAUCUUAUCGAUUUCGACUCUACAUUCUCCUAUUUAGUGUUCUUUGUGUUUUGAGUGCCUUAGCGGUUGGAGCUAUUUGGCUUUUAUUCGAGUUUCGUCCCAAGUAUCGAAAUCGGUUGAGACGAACGGAUUCAGAACAAGCACGCAUUGAAUCGAAAUCGUUCGAAGAGACAAAGUAUCUCAGACGCUUCUCCGAACUCAAUCCACUGGCUGCUCGACGACACUCCUUUGAGAACUGCUGA